AUUAACACAGUGACACUCGCCCAUCACUGCUGUCUCUCAUAUAGACGGAAAACCCUGCUCAAAAGCCACAGUUUCAGGGGAAACCUAACAAAAUGAUUCUUGAUUAUUAGGUCACAGUCCACUGGGAGCCAAACAGUCUCAGAAUCUCUGGUUCAGGAUGGCAGCGAUGGUGUUUCAGCUGAUGGGAAUGUUUCUGGGAAUCGUGGGCUGGUGUUUGGAGUCCAGCUCCACAAACUCAGCCGUGUGGAGGAAAGCCAGUCACGGGGAGGCAGUGGUGACGGCCAGCUCUCAGUUUGAAGGUCUGUGGGUGUCGUGUGCGUCUAACUCGCUCGGAGCCAUUCACUGCCACAGAUUCAAGACUGUUCUGGGCCUUCCAGGAUACAUCCAGGCCUGUCGAGCUCUGAUGAUAAUCGCUCUCAUUCUGGGUCUGCUGGCUGUCAUUCUAGCUGCGAUGGGACUCAAGUGCACUAAACUGGGCAGCACAUCUGAGGAGUCGAAGGGCAAGAUCAGCCUCACAGCCGGAGUCAUGUUCAUCCUGUCGGGUCUGUGUGUUAUGGUAGCUGUGUCGUGGUACGCCGCUCGAGUCGUUCAGGAGUUUAAUAAUCCUUUUUACGGAGGAACAAAGUAUGAACUGGGCGCCGGUCUGUAUCUGGGAUGGGCAGCUGCAGCUCUGGCUAUAUUGGGCGGAGGAAUCCUCUGCACUUCCUUCAAGAGUUCUAGACCUGCCAAAACACGGGGUCACGACUAUAACUACAGCUCUUCACAGCCGCAGAAGAUCUACAGAUCAGCGCCGGCGUCAGAAAACAGCACCUCUAAAGCUUAUGUCUGAGCCUCUCAUUUUAGCUUUCAUUUUUUUGUACAUGGAAAUGUGUAUUUUUUAGUACUUGCAUUUUAGAAGUCGAACAAAUUGAGCUUAUUUCAUUGACUGAAUGUGCACGAUUCAUCAGCGUUGAUUUCGUAAUGAGUUCAUUAUUUCAUAAUCUUGCAUUAAAAAUGUAUAUAACUUUCUCAGCUUAUAUGAAAAGACUUCAGUUUUCAAGUUUCAACCAGCUGAUCUAUAAUUCACUGCAUGUAAAAUAUCAGCUUUGACUCGAUUCUGGUACGAAACACUCACUUUACGGUGGAGUUAUUAUAGUGAACUAAAACUAAAGCCAAGAUCUUUGAAAAAACUGAAAUAAAAUAUUUUGCCUGUAACU